AUGCGUAGUAAUAUCGCUCCUUUGAUGCUAAGCGCAGGAGAUGCUGAGCCACAAGCUCCUGCUUUGCGUUCAUCCAUCGAAAAACUGCCUAAGAAGAAGGCUAAGAAAUUGAUUAGAAGAGAAGAUUCGCCCAUCGUAAAAAAGUUAAUCAAGAAAUUAUCCGCUCCUAUUCCACAGCAAAUUUCUUCCGAUAGUACUAUUUCUUUGCAGACAUUCCCCAAAAUGGAUGUUAACUCAAUUAAUUUUCGUGAAUUAAAUGACAGGAUCAUCAAAGCUGAAGGCGAUAAUCAAAAAACCGUUUUACAACUGAUCCAUAGCUAUUACUAUUUUAGAAAAGGGUAUAGGUUAUGGUUUGAUCAUUAUAAAAAAACGUAUAGUGAUAAUACGUCCAAUUUUCUAGUUAAUGAUAAAAUUCGUGAGUGCUUUCCAGACUAA